CUUUUUUCCUCUUUCUUUCUAUUUUAUUAUUCAUUUCUAUAUUUUUCAGAUUCUAUAUUUUUCAGAUUCUAUUUUUUUUCUUUUCUCAUUUUUAUUUUUCGUAUCAUGGGCGAUGAUUGAUAAUUGGUGUGGAUGUGGAUUUGAGAGUUCGGACAGCUUCCACAAAUUUCAAAUGAGUUCAAACUCUCCGUCAAGUGUGCUCCGGGACAUACGUACGACUCGCCCACAAGUCCGUACGGUCCGGUGCAUGAGCUGGGUGGGUCUUGGGUGGUUCGCUCCAAAGGCGAAUCGGUCGGCGGCGGUAUGGAGUAUUAGGCUAGGAGGUGAAAUGACUCGCAUCUCUGAGAGGUUCGCUGUUGGGAAAAGGAAGAAAAGUCAGUGUUUUGCUUCAGAUGUACACAAUGUGUGCUCGCAACGUAUACACCAGCGAGAAUGCUUAAUCCCUUCAACUCUUCUUGAUCCCUUGAAUCGUACCACAAUCCUCCUGUUGGUUAGAAAAUAUGCAUCAAUUUUCCGUCAAGCACUACCUCCUACUACUAUGAGGUACUCCGUUGCAAUUGCCCAUGCAGGCUGGAUCCUGCGGCAGCAGCUCACCGUUUCGGCUAGUCACUUCAAGCAGUCGUGCUAGUAGUAGUUGAAAGGAUCUCCGUAUUCAACUUAAUACACCGCUUUAUGUCUUACUCUCAACCGAAGUCGUUACUUAGUUCUCAGUAGCCGCUGACGAUCUGUCUCUCAUUCCCGAGACAAGCGGCCAAUAGUGAAUGCUUCUGCGCUUA